AUGAAGCUUACAGUCUUGUGUUUUUGCCUUCUGCAUGUGGCCACUGUCAAUGCUGGACUUUUCACCCACAGCGAGAUUACAGGCGCCAACAGCAAUGUGUCAUCCAACUGCAGCAAUGAUCAAGCACCUCAGAGCACAGUGUCUUUGAUCCAAGUGAGACAGAGAACGCUAUUCGCAAGAAGGGGCAAGUAUGAACGGCAGAAGAUGCACGUGAUGAAACCCAAAGUGGCCCCUGCCCCUCCAAGAAGACCCCCUCCCAAAGUGGCACCGAACCCCAUCAGCCCCAGGUGCUCCAGGACUGGUGAGAGCUGUUUACCUCAGUCUCGCUGCUGUGAACCAUGUGCCACCUGCCACUGCCGCUUCUUCAAUGCCAUCUGCUUCUGCCGGAAAACCAACUCGCAGUGUGGGAGGAAAACAUAAAGAAGGACGCCAACACGCCAAAGAAAAGGGGCAAAAGCGGACAGAGGAACACAUACAUGCACAUAAACAGAGGAAACACCCACAGUGCCACAUUUGUGCCAAAACUGCACAUCCAGCCACCUCAGCACACAGAGUGAAGCAACAUUUGGAUGUAUGCAGUAUGCAUGAUCUCAGGCGAAAUUAAUCUCUGCAGAUAAUUGACACACAUCGGAAGGAAACUCAAUCGACUUUUUAAAUACCUCGUGUGAAAGACAGCUGUUUUGCACAAACUCUUCACCAUAUAUUGUCACAUGAAUCCAGUUAA